UUCCUACAGGCCGUUGUAUUGUGCAGUCGUAAACGUUUCCAGAUUACUGAACAGGGAGAUUCUGUGGAUUUUCUCUCAUGGUUGCUGAACUCUCUUGAUCUAGCCCUUCGCUCUAACUCUUCUGGAAUUGGUCCUUCAACUGCUCGCCAAUCUUCAACAGCAGCCCCUGCUACUAAAAACCUUGAUUCAAUACAUCAACUUUGUCCAGGGGCCUCAGUAAUCAGCCGUAGUCUGCGUGGUCGGAUGAUCGUGCACAGCAAAAAGGUGGUUCCCGUAAGCUUGACACCUGAGCAACGAGCGAGGCUUGCUGAUGACCCCGAAUAUUUGGUAAAUUUGGGUAAUUAA